AUGCUUCCACCCAUCCCCAGGCCACAAGACUACGGAGUCUCUUCAGAAAGAGGCUUUCUGCCUUCGGAAUCCCCUUUACAAUGCCUCCCUCAUCAACUUUAUGACCGCUGGGAGCGGAUCAUGAACAAUUUCCAAUCACUCCUCCUCUCGAAGCGACUCAGAACUGUGAUUGAUAAUCUGCCUAUCAUUCCUGCGGUUCAUCUAGAAACCGAGGCAGAGUGGCGACGUGCAUACUGCAUCUUGACAUUUUUUGCCAAUGGUUAUAUCUGGGGUGGGGAGAAACCAGCCGAGAGAUUACCUCCCUCGAUCACAUACCCUCUCCUACAAAUAUGCCAGCAUCUCGAAUUACCACCCGUGCCUACGUACGCUGGCUUGUGUCUGUGGAACUUCAAGCCCAUCUUCCUCUCCGAUACCCUUGUCCUCGACAACCUUUCCGCACUACACACUUUCACCGGGUCACUGGAUGAACAAUGGUUUUACCUAGUCAGUGUUGCCAUGGAGGCAAAAGGAGGUCCAUCUAUACAACUCAUGUUGGACGCUAUGCAGGCUGCUCGCGAUAAUGACGUCGAGACCGUCACCAAAUCCCUGCAAGCAUUUGCACAGACCUUGGAUGAGCUGGGUACACUAUUGCUGAGAAUGUAUGAGAGCUGCGAUCCGCAUGUGUUCUAUCACCGAAUAAGACCAUUCCUAGCAGGAAGCAAGAAUAUGAAAGAUGCUGGUCUUCCCAAGGGUGUUUUCUACGACGACGGCAGUAGGAAUGCCACCUGGAGACAAUAUGGUGGAGGGUCAAACGCUCAAAGUAGCAUGAUUCAAUUUUUUGAUAUUGUCUUGGGGGUUGAGCAUCGACCGACGGGAUCGAAGAAAGAUGAUACAACGUCUGAGUCAGAGGCAGAACCAGGAGCUGCACCGAAGCCCAGACACAGUUUUAUACAUGAGAUGCGACAGUAUAUGCCCGGUCCACACCGGAGAUUUCUUCAGGCUGUCGAGGGUGUUUCCAACAUUCGAGAAUUCGUCGAGCAUCACAAAUCCAAUCGAUCCUUAUGUGUCGCCUAUGAUGCAUGUUUGGCAAUGCUCCGCUCACUUCGUGACAAGCAUAUCCAGAUGGUGUCUAGAUAUAUCAUUGUCAAAAGCAGGGAAUCUCGCAGCAUGAGCAGAAAUCGGCAAGAGAGCAGUCCUGACUCGGCGCCCAGAAGGGGACAAGGUAUCGCAUCGAUUGCCUACGACAGACCACAGGAAGGGUCGCAGAGAAAGAAGAAAAUGCGAGGAACAGGAGGCACCGCUCUGAUUCCAUUCUUGAAACAAGCUAGGGAUGAGACUGGCGAGCCUGCUAUCGAUGAUUGGGCUAGAAAGCUACUCAUGGGAGGCCGACGUACCGAGGCCGAUCAUGAGAUAGCCCUCGAAAGCAGAAUUACCGCUGCAGAGUUAGAUGCCGAAGAGCCACAAGUCGUUGGUCUGGCGGGGUCGUGGAAUAUGGAGGAUAAUGGUGGUGGACUGUGUGCGUAUUGA